GUCUAGCUGUCAUACCAAACGACGGACGACUGUGAUGUUCCAAUAUGUCCCCGGMUAAUAUGAUAUUGUUUCGCMAUGGCAACUGAUAGUCGACAGUACUACCCGUUUGCCGCCAUAGUUGGCCAGGAAGACCUAAAGCUAUGCUUGGUGUUGUGUGCGAUUGACCCAACGAUUGGCGGGGUCCUCAUUCGAGGCGACAAAGGCACAGCGAAGAGUAAGUUAAUCAUCGUAGCAAUCUAAWCMUCUCAAGUAACAUCCUUAGAAUUUCAAGCAUGGAUAUGAGAUUAAUCCAUCCGCAUCCUUCGGGAUUUACCACAAGGGCAUCGCAUUGCAUUCCUACUCAAUCUCCAAAUGAUCCUUAAAAACAUAUGUUAGAACGGCGUUUCAUUGUUGCCGAGAUCAUUCUUAAUUGAAUCAUGCUGAUGGAUAGAUUGAAUAGAGCGACCUUGUGAUGUGACGAUGCGAUAUGUUCUGUUCCAUGUUCUACGAAACCAUUCACCUCCCAAAUGAUCCACUAAAAAACAUAUGUUAGAACGGUGUCCAAUAGUUGCCGACAACCACUUCUAGUUGAUGAUGGGCGUGCUGAAUGGAUAAGGGCAUUCGUCUUGUUCGUUAUACAUGACUCGGAUUCAAACUUACCCACUAGCCAUGCUAUCCAACGUUUUCGAAUUCCUCCUCUCAGGUACCGCUGCAAGGGGCCUAGCAAAGCUCUUGCCACCCAUUCGGGUGGCCAGAGAUUCACUGUCGGGUGCACUCGAUCCCUACAACCGCGACCCCGACACCKYCUCUGAUGCCUCGGAGGCAUCCGCCGGGGAGAUUCCCACCCCGUUUGUAGAUCUCCCUAUCGGUGCCACCGAGGACCGCGUUCUGGGCUCGAUCGAUUUUUCCGCCACCCUCAAGAAGGGCGGCGAGCCCGUCUUUUCGCCAGGGCUUCUGGCCUCGGCCAACCGGGGAAUCCUGUACAUCGAUGAGGUGAAUCUGCUGCCCGCCCACCUUGUAGACGUCCUGCUCGAUGCCUCGGCCUCGGGGGUCAACACCGUGCAGCGRGAGGGGCUUGCCGUCUCCCACCCGGCRAGGUUUGUGCUGAUCGGCACMAUGAAUCCCGAGGAAGGGGACCUUCGACCGCAGCUCGUCGAUCGGUUCGGGCUGAUGUGCGACGUACUGGCUCCGAUGGAURUAUCCACCCGGUCCUCUGUGGUCCGGCAGCGCAUCGCCUUUGAGGGAAACCCGGUUGGUUUCCGGGAAAAGUGGCAAGAAUCGGAGCGAGAACUGUCGGAGCGCAUCCUGGCAUCGCGGCAACGCUUGGUUCAAAUGGAGUUUCCUGGCGGGCUUCUCGAUGCGAUCAGCUCGAUCUGCGUUGAAUUCCGGGUCGCGAGCCUGCGGGCRGACAUUACGCUUUACAAGACCGCGGCAGCGCUUGCGGCCUGGCACGGCAGAACAGGGGUAGAGAAAGACGACAUCAAGCAGGCCGCCAAGUGGGUUCUAGCCCACAGGAAGCAGCGGAAUCCUUUCGAUGCCCCACCUCCUCCUCCACCACCGCAUGCGAAUGACAAGAGCAACAACAGUCUGGAGGAUGACCUGAUGGAUCGCAUUCUCGGUUCCCAACCUCCACGAGCCGAAGGCGAUAGCAACCACGAAACGGAAGAGAAUCCACAGCAGCCACAGGAAGCCGAAACGGACGACAACGAGGAUCCGGAUGGUUCCGAACCCAACUCCAACGAAGACAGCAACAGCAACGGCGACGGCGACGGCGACGGCGACGACGAAAGAAUGGGCGAGGAAAACCUGCAUACCUUCACCGCCAGCAAACCCGAACAAACCAAGCGGCUCCAGCUCGGGAAACAAACGGCCAAAGGCCAAGCCGGAACGGGCCGGCGUCGUGCUCCCCCCAGCAGCAACAYCCAGCGAACAGGCCGCUACGUCCGGGCCCUGCCGACCGACAAGCCCACCGACUUGGCCCUGGAUGCAACCCUCCGUUCGGCGGCCGCAAACGGCCUAGAUGCCGAGACGGGGAUGCCAAUCGUCCACCCCGAAAACUACCGGAGAAAGGUCCGCCAGUCUCCCACCGAUACCCUUGUUUUGUUCGUGGUGGACGCCUCGGGGUCCAUGUCGGCCCGCAAACGGAUGGAAACCGUAAAGGGGGCCGUCCUAGCCCUGCUCACGGAUGCCUACCAGCAGAGGGAUCGCGUCGGGGUCAUUUCCUUUCGCGGGAUCAAGGCCGAGGUGCUCCUGGAGCCCACCGUUAGCGUCGAGCUCGCGGAGCGGAGGCUCCAGCGGCUCCCCACCGGCGGACGAACCCCGCUGGCCCACGCGCUGUCGCUCGCACACGACACCUUGCAACGCUCGCACCGAAACGAACCGGACCUUGCCGUCCUGCUGGUCGUGCUGAGCGAUGGCAAGGCCAACGUUCCCCUCCCGGGGGAUGGGAGCGACAGCGAUGUUUGGGGCCAAACGGAACAAGUCGCACGGAAGCUGGCCUCCCUCGCCGUCCCGACCCUCUUCCUCGACACCGAUGCGGGCCACGUUCGGGUCGGCCGGGGCGGGGAGCUGGCGAAAGUCCUCCGGGCCGAUUACCUGCGGCUCGAGGACCUGGGUGCGGACGGAUUGGCCUACACGAUUCGACAGGCCAGGGACUGAGAAGCRGUGGUUUGGCACCGGUUUCGUACCGGACRCUUCAGGGGACGAAAUGGCACCACCGCCAUCGAUGCAAAAACUARAAAUUGCCGUAGAUUUCAAUCUUCAUGUGCAGCACCAWUGCRAAAUACAAUCAAGUUGAUAUUCUCUCAUCUCCAAGUAUUUUUGUGCGAGUGGACUGUUGCACWUCAYUUCGCAGACCAAGCACGGAGGUCGGCUUAACUUUUUUCAGUAGAAAGACGAAUGCGAAAUUUGAAGCAAGAAGUAUACGUACAACUCCAAAUCAGAAUGAAACAAAUUUUCUCCA